CCCGAGGCUGUACGUGGAACUCGUAGAUUGGCCAGGCCUGGGUGGAGAAGCCUGAGCAAUCGAGUCCGGAAGAGCUGCAAACAUGAUGAAGCGGCAGCAGGAGACGCCGGACGGCACGGGGCUCAGCCCGGAAAGAGUAUCUUUUAAUUUAACUCUGGUUCACCUCGAUCUGAAAGGAGCUCCCCCAAAGGUGUCCUAUCUUGCAGAGGUCCUUCCUCUGUUAUCUAGUCUUGGAGCAAACGGUCUUUUGAUUGAGUAUGAAGACACCUUUCCAUAUUCUGGAGAACUCCUCCCCCUGCGGGCAGCACAUGCUUACAGCCCCCAGGAAAUCCGAGACAUACUGCAGCUGGCACAGCUCCACCACUUUGAAGUUAUCCCAUUAAUACAAACGUUUGGACACAUGGAGUUUGUACUGAAACACAAAGAGUUCUCUCACCUGAGGGAAGUGCCCAUGUACCCCAACAGCCUGAACCCCCACAAGGAGGAAUCUCUCCGCCUCCUGCAGGUCAUGAUAGGACAAGUCAUGGAGCUUCAUCCUGCAGUUCAGUGGCUUCACAUCGGCUCUGAUGAGGUCUACUACCUUGGCAAAGGAGAAGAGUCUAAGAUGAAGAUUUCUGAGUGUGGCAUUUGUAUAGAAGACCUCUUUCUGUCCCAUAUGAAGAAAGUGGCCAGCUAUGUGACCUCCUCCUAUCCUAGGGUGCGAGUGAUCGCCUGGGAUGACAUGCUGCGUGGAGCAUCCAUCCAAACCUUGACAGAGUCUGGAGUUGCACAACUAGUGGAGCCUAUGAUCUGGGACUACACUCCGAAUCUGGAUGUUGAUGGCAGAACUGAUCUGAUCGAGAAAUACUGGCAGUGCGGCUUCCACAAGAUCUGGUUGGCCAGCGCUUUUAAAGGUGCAACCGGCCCUUCCCAACUGCUGACCCUUAUCGGGCAUCAUCUGGAAAACCACAGAUGUUGGCAGCAGGUUGCCCAGAGAGUGCCACAAGGCAUCCUGCAAGGACUGGCGCUGACAGGGUGGCAGCGGUACGAUCAUUUCUCCGUCCUCUGCGAGCUGUUGCCGGUUGGAAUUCCGUCACUGGCCAUCUGUUUGCAGACUAUUAAAGAAGGAUCUUAUUCUGAGCACACCGCAGCCUCUGUGAGAAGCAUCUUAGGAAUGGCGACUCUGGAUGUGGAAAACUACAUGAGUGAGGUUACAGGCAGCUAUCCCGGCAGUGAGGUCCUGGAGCUCAUCACUCAAUUUUUCUUCUUCCUGAAGACUCCCACAAGAGAGUUUUUGGAUGGGGACAAGUUUGUUACCGGCUGGUUCAGCCACUUUCACCGUAAGAGAAAACGUCUCCACCCUAUAAUGGUGCAGCAGAUUGAGCCCCAAGCAGUCAGCCUGCUGUCCAAAUGGACAUCCGUAUUGGAGGAGCUGCAGACGGCCAUGCUGAGGAUCUUUCCCUCAGUCACAGUGGAGGAAUGGAUGGAAGAGAACGCCUUACCGCAUUACAUGCAGCUUCAGGAAUUGGUGGAAGAUCUGAACUCUGCCACGGACGUAGGGGGUAAUACUGUCCAAUAA